AAGGGGGAACUAUGAUUGAAGUAAGAAGAUCUAAGAACUUAUAAUACGGAAGGCGGUAGGCUGGUAGGCAGGUUGUUGUUAUAUGGUAGUGGAGUACUUCUUGUUAGUUCCUAAAAGAACGAUUUUAAUUUUAUAUUUGUAAUAGUUAUCCCUAUGAAGUAUUUUUACCCUCGGUUUGACACUUUAUAAUUUUGUUACAUAGGUUAUGUUGAAAACUUAACUAACGAGCCUAAAAUUGUAAAGUGAAGGAAUAGGCAUUGAGUAAAGUAGUUCUUCCACAAUGAAUGUAACAAAUUGGGAUAUUGACAAAUAUAAGUCUGAGCAUGAAAGUGAAGAACUUUGGAAGCUACGAAAGGAAUUUUUGACUAAACAUAGAGAUAAAUAUCCUGAAACUAAAUUACUUAGUUUAGCUCAAGUAUUUGUCAACAUAGAGUAUCUUGGAUGCAGAUACCCCAAGAAAACCAUGCAACUUGUUGCUGAACUUUCAAAAGGAAUGGCUGAUGAGUACAGAAAAAAGAGGAAAGGGAAACUCAAAAGAACAUUUGCAGAGUCUUCGUGUCCAACAAUUGGGAAUGUUAAAGAUGUUUCAGAAACACCUGUUAAAGUGUUGAUUACUGAUCAGAAUAUAAGCACAAAUUCAGACUAUCAAUAUUCAUGCCCGAAACAUUCAGAGUUAAUAAAACAACCUUCUUAUGAGUAUAGUGAGUUCUCAAAAUUUAUACUGUAUGAAAAUUGUAACUCUUUCGGGGAGCUGCAAACAUGUCCCAUUAUAAUACUUUUGCAAUCUGCAGAAAAAAAUGGAUUUAAGGAUUCUUUGAGAUUUUGCUAUCCUGGAGACAGCCGGAAUUCAAAGCAUGAAAAAUACUGUGAAUUAAGAUUUGACGGCAAGGUGCUUUCAUCGGGCACUGGUAAAUCAAAGAGAGAAGCAAAAAUGAAUGCAGCUAUAGAAGGUUUAAACAGAUUACGCAAGACCUGCUUUACUAUUCAGGAAAAGAAUGUGUUUCUUAGCCAAAACCUCACCAAUAUUAAAGAUGGGGAAAUAAACACCAGUUAUCCACCAAUUCCCCAAGAUAACAUCGGCAGUAAGAUGAUGCAGAAGAUGGGAUGGACAGGGAAUGGACUGGGCAAACAUCAGCAAGGAAUGCAAACCCCUAUUCAGAUCAUGUCAGCCAAACCAAAACAACAAGGUUUUGGCCAUUGGAAUAAGAUGUCAGCUAAAGAAAAGUUCAAAUGCUUUUUCAAAAAGUACAUGACCAAUGAGACCAGCAGUGAACUUAUUUUCGACCCUGAUGCCCUCUCACCAGAUGAUUGCCAAAUUAUACGAGAGGUUGGUUCCUGUUUCCCUUUCAAAACUCGUAGCUAUUCAGCAAACAAUAAAACUCGUUUGAUGAUAUACAAAAAAGAGACAUUGCAAGCAAUUUGUCGGAAACUUAUCCUCUGUCAUGGAGAAAAUGACAGAUACUUACUGAUUAAUCCUGAUGGUAUUCAUUUUCGAUCGCCUGAAGAAAGCCUCUCCAUUUUUGAUGAUUGCUCAAAGGAAAGCAAAGAAAGUUUUUCAAAUGUUAAGAAACAAGAAGGAAAAAUUGACACAUUAACUACACAGACGUCUGAUUUUGAAAGUAAAGAAUUACCAAACAUUCCAACCGCAAACAAUCCAAUUGAAAUCAAUACUAUCAAGAAUGAAAUUAAAAAUAAACCAUGUGGAAAACCAAACGCCAUACAAAAACAUAUUGUUACACUUUUGGAUUUGUUUGACAAAAAGAUCUCUCCAACUGUCAUUGAAGAUCUACCUCUUAACCUAGAAGAAUUUUCUACAUUUGUACUAUUUGAACAUUUUAAAGGUUCUGGACAAUUAACAUCAAGUCCUUCUCAAAUUUUGCAUCAUAGUUUUCAAAUGGUAGGACAAAAGAGACUUAUGAAGUAUCAUUAUCCUUCCCAUAAAAAUUUUCAAAAAUCGAGUGCAAGGUAUUGUGAAAUUCUUGUCAACAAUAAAUUGCUAUCCUCAGGAGUUGGCAAUGUAGAAAAAGCUGCAAAAAGAAUCGCUGCUGAGAAGGGUUUGAAAUCACUACGCAAGAUAUGCUGUACCAUUAGGGAAAAAUGUACCUACUUGCAAAGUCCAGGGUGGUGUGAUGAUUCAGUUAGGAUCGUAAAUCUUGAAGAUGGGGGAAUCAGCAGAGACGUGGAACAAGUCAUAGAGGAUUGGGAUGAUUUGACUGAGCAGGAGAAACAAAAACAAGAUUCCACAGUCCAGUUGUUCAAAAGCAUGAAUAUGAAUGAUGAAUCAGAUACUGACUGUAGCUUUGACAAACGGAUUAAAGACCAAUUUAAACUCAUCUUUAAAUAUUACAAUUCCAACAAUUAUGGUCAGGACCUGGUCUUCAAAUCUGAUUUAUUAUCUACCAGUGAAAGAAAAGCUAUACAUCUGUUAGCAGCAAGACUCAACUUAAGAACUAAAAUCUACGGGAAUGAUAGUGAUAGAUGUUUGGUAGUGUCUAAAAUGCUUAAACCUGUAGAUAUUUUAAAGAUGCUUAUAUCCUGUGGAGGAGAAAAUGAAAAAUAUGCACUGAUUCCCCCCGAAGAUGCAGAUGAAUCAUGGUAUCCUGAAGAAACCAUGAAACUGGUUGCUAAACUAUCUGAAGGUGUGGCUAAUGAACACAGGGAAAGACAGAAAGGAAAGCUCAAGAGAACAUUUGUUCAGGCCUCAGAUGCAGUAAUUUCAAAUAUGAAAAGAGAUCUAGCUAAGCCCCCCCAAAAAAAGAUAAAAUCCAGUCAAGAAGAUUCCGUACAAGGAUUCCAAUACUCACAAUUUGUCCACGCUACUGGUGUAAUUGAUCAACCUCCUCAACUCUCCAAAGAAAAACCGAAUAUUAGUGAAUUUUCAGGAUUUAUUUUAUUUGAAUAUGGCAAUGCUACUUUUAAAGAAACUUGUCCUGCUAAAAUUCUGCACCAGUCUGCACAAAAGAAAGGUCAGAAGAGAGUUCUAAAAUUUAAUUUCCCAACUGAAAAGAAUAAACAGCAAAAAAAGUAUUGUGAAAUCAGCAUUGACAAUGAAAUUCUCUCCUCAGGCAGGGGUAGUACAGUAAAGGAAGCUAAAGAAAUUGCUGCUGAAGAAGGUCUAAAUAAAUUACGUAAAACAUGUUAUACAAUACAGGUGAAACAAGCUUUCUUUAGUGACAAUCCUUCGUUGACUAAAGAUAACCCAGUGCAGGAAACAGAUUUGCCAAUCCCCCAGGACAAUAUAGGGAGUAAGAUGAUGCAGAAGAUGGGAUGGACAGGGAGUGGACUAGGCAAACAGCAACAAGGAAUACAAACCCCUGUUCAGGCAUCAUCUCAAAUAGUACAAAGAGCUGGUAUUGGCUGUACUAACCAUCAUCAGUUACAAGGCAGGUUCAGAGAAGUUUUUCAGAACUACAUUGCCAGCAAAUCUGAUCAUGACUUAGUCUUUGCUUCAGAUUUCUCUUCUGAGGAAAGAAAGACAUUACACCAAUUGGCUCGUAAAUUUAACCUAAGAACAAAGAGCUUUGGGAAAGAUAAUGACAGACACCUUGUUGUGUCUAAAAUGUUGGCUCCUGUGGAUUUGUUGGAGCUCCUGCUAGACUGUGGUGGGGAGAAUGAGAAGUACUUGCUGAUAUCCCCAACUGACCCAGAUGAAACUUGCAGACCGACUGCUUUGAAUGAAACAGCCAACGGUGAACAUAUAAAUGAUGUAAAAGAAAUUCCGCUUGAUGGUUGUAAGAUGGAGGAAUUCCCUUUGAUAAAACCAAAUACUGUGACACCAAAUAUUGGAACGACAGAAUUUUCUGAGGAUAACAUAGAUGAUUUAAGGAAUAGUGUUGUGACAAACACUUUCUCCAACUUCUUUAAUUCUACAAAAGACAAUGUAAACUCAGUUGAUAAUGGCAAUGAAACAUUUGAUGAACAUCGUAUUAACUCUGAUGAUGUAGAAGUUAAGGAUUUUUCACAAGACAAUUUUGAAAAUAAGGAUUUUUCAAAUUCCAGUUUAGAAACACCUCAAGGUGGUAAUGAAGAUAUUUCUGCAAGCAAAGGAAAUCUUGCAGAAUGUACAUUGACUAUAAAAUUGAAGGAAGCAGUGGAAAAGUACAACAGACUUGUGAUACAGUUCCAUGAGGUUGGCCGUUAUUCCAAAAAAUGUUAUAGAAGAUAUAAUUUUUGGAGAAAUGAAGUGUAUAUGAUGUGUGGAAUCCUAAAAGAGAAUAUAACUAAACUCUUGCAUUUUAAUCUUAGUGAUUUCUUGAUUGAUUACAAUGCAAUAAAUAUAAAUAAAACUACAACGAAUAAGGAGGGUCUAAAAUUGAAACAAUUGUAAUAUUUGUUAAAUAUAUCAUAUAUUCAGUACUUUAUUAAAUAUAAAAAUUUAGUGCUGUGGACACUGCCAUGUCUAGUGGUUAAUUGUGAUCUGGUUUUUUUGCUUGUGUUCACCAAAUAUAUAUAACACCAAAAUUCCUCAGGACUCUAACAUUUUAUACAUUUCCGAAAAUUCAUAAAAAUGUCAGACCACACCAGGACUUGUUGCUAGUUGUGAGAGCCCCAGUAAAAGAAUAUCAGGUUACACUGAUGACCAACUGCAGCCUUUUGUGAAACUACUUCCAUCUUAUGUUAAAAAUUGUGUUAAUCCUUUAAUAUUUCAGCAUUUGCCGUUCUCAAAAAGGAUUAACAAAUAUAUUCAGGAACAGCUAUGGGCACCAGGAUGGCACCUGAGUAUGCUAAUCCAUUUAUGGGAAAAUCAGAAGAUUUUUUGAAUUCUCAAUUCUACAGACCUCUUGUAUGGUUGAGAUUCAUUGAUGAUAUUUUUAUGAUUUGGAAUAAUAGCUUUGAAACUUUUUUGGAAAAUCUAAACAAAUUCUCAAUUUUGAAAUUUACCUGGAAAUUGUCUCAAGAAAUCAUAACAUUCUUGGAUGUAGAUGUUUUUAUUCAGUCUGGAUUUCUCAAAACAAACAUUCACAUUAAAGACACUAACACAAUGGAUAAUCUACAUUUCAACAGCUGCCAUCCUGUACAUGUCAACAAAUCAGUACCAAAGGGUUUGUCAGUUAGGGCCAAAAGAUUAUGUACUGAUGGUGCAGGUUUCCAAACGUACCUAUAAAAACUAGGAAAUGCCUUUGUCAAAAGAAAAUAUACUUCAAAAUUCAUAAAUAAUCAAAUUAAACACUAAUGUUCAUAAAACUCAAAAGAAUGAUGAUGCAAAAUUUAUAACAAAAUAUUUCCCUGGUUUAUAUCCAACAAAUAAUAUUCUAAGAACGGCACACAAAAUUCUUAAAUCUUCACCAAUAAAAAAAAAAACUUAUUUCCAAAACCACCCAGGUUAUUGUUUAGUAGAAAUACUAACCUGAAAAUCUUCUGGUACAGCCCAAAUUGCCACCUACUGAGAUUAAAAAUUCAGAAAAGAACAAACAUUUUUAAGUUUCAACCCUGUAAAGACAAACAAUGUAAUACUUGCAAUAUUAUAAAAUCUUCAAAUUCUUUCACUAGUAGUAAAACAAUGAAAACUUAUCCUAUUACAGGAGAAAUUAAUUGUAAAAGUAAAAAUAUCAUUUAUCAAUUAACAUAUAAAAAUUGUGCAAUGGAUUAUGUUGGAUUGGCAACAAACCCAUUUGCACAUAAGAAUGAAUAAUCAUUGUUCGUCUAAAAAACAUGAUUAAAAAUUGGUUUCACAACACGCAUUAGGCCACCAACAAAACUUUGAACAUUGUUAUUCCUGAAAGGUAUUUGCAAAGUACCCGAAGAUGGAAACAAAAUUUACUUAGAAAAUUUAGAACAGGCACAUCAGUUAAUAUUCAAAUCUAAAGUACCCUUUGGUCUGAAUAAAAGAUGAUUCGAUAAAUUGUAUUCAUUAUGUAUUAAUUUUUCUAAAUUCUAUUUAUGUAAAUUUCUAUUUAUUUAUGUUAAUUUUGUUUGUUUGAUGUACUAUUUUAUUAUUUUUUGUUAAUCCUUUAUGAGAACGGCAAAUGCUGAUAAUCAGGAUGAAAUCAUGUGAUAGUUUUCUGUCAGUUUUGUUAAAUAAAAGUUUAUAUUGAUUCAAAUGUAGAGUGAUUAACUGGUUUGAAGCUCAAAGUAUCAUCAGCCCAAAAAAAGGUACCAAAAAUAAUUAUUUGCUAAUUACGAGUUGUGAGGACAAACUACGGCAACAAGCUGUGUGGGCAGUGCUGCUAGUCUUUCAAGCGCAAAGUGUUAAUUUUAGACUCGUAACAUGGUGUUAUUAUGUUGAUUAUAAGAUGGAUCAUUACAAGAUGUUUUAUGUUUUGUAGAUCAUGUUCUGGUUGGUUUUGAUUGUAGCUCCCAUAAUUUUCAAAAUAAAACUUGCAGUAUGUAUCUAAAUUAAUAUACACUCUUUAGAGCUAACAUUUAUAAAUUUGCCAUAGAUUUAUUAUUUUCACAAAGCUAUUUUUAUUGAAAAGUAUGAGGAGGACUUAUUAAUAUAGUUUAUAGUAUUUUUACUGUUGAAAUGAAUAAACAUUAUACUCCUUAUGUAGUUAUAAAUAUAUAUUGUUCAGUAAGGCAUAUUUUUAUAUCCUAUAUAUGUAGGAUUACAAUUUGUUAUAUUUAUAAGAUUUAAAAUGUUUGUUUAGUUGUAAGUUUUUAUAAUAUAUUUUUAAUAUUCUUCAA